AUGGUGGAGAAUGUUCUGACUGAUAACAUCAACCAGUGGUGCGGGAACAGGACUGGCCAUGACCGGAAGGCCCUGCAGAGAGUGUUGAGGUGCUGGUCCUAUGUGGGUCGUCAAGAAAAGGAACAAAUUUUCUCGCUGGAAAAAGACGGCUGUGUGUACCACUCCACAGUGCAGCAUGAGGUUCUUCACGCUCUGGGCUUUACGCAUGAGAUCAGCCGCUCCGACAGAGACGAAUAUGUCAAGAUUCUCUUCGAGAACAUUAAGCCAGGAAAUGAACGUAACUUUAAAAAAGUGGAGACAAACAAGUUGAGGACCCCCUAUGACUUCAAAUCUAUCAUGCAAUAUUCAAAGUACGCCUUCUCCAAAAAUGAUCCGAAUCUUGACUUUGGACACGCCAAGCAAAUGAACAAGAACGACAUUAUUCGUGUCAACAGGCUCUAUAACUGCUGCUCAAAGAAAACACCCUGUACAAUUCCCAACUGAAUCACUU